UGUUUUGCCCGCCCAAACACAACCUUAAUUCCAAAAUUCAAAAUUUGAGUUUUCUUUUCUUUUAUGUGGCUUACACCUCAACAAACAAACGGACAACAUCCUCAGGAUCUCUAAACUUGUUAGAAAAACCAAACCCUAAACCCUUUAAUUACUUUUUAAUCCUAAUUUAAAUCAAUCCAAAUCAAAUCAGAUCUCCAUCAAUGGCCACCUCCGAUUCUUCCACUGCCACUCUCUCUGCUCCUCUUCCUCUCGCUCGUAAGAAAGAGAACGUAACUCCGAUCGGCUCAAAGAUCGCUGAAUUAAAUGAAUCCAGGACUGAGCUUCUUAAUAGAAUCCAAGGCUUAAAGCAGGAUUUGCAAAGCUGGAGAUCGAAGCUAGACACUCAAGUUAAAAUCUAUCGCGAUGAGUUGUCGGAAUUGAAGAAGUCAUUGAAUGUCGAGGUUGUUCAACUUCGAACAGAAUUCCAAGAACUGAAGAACACACUGCAGCAACAACAAGAAGAUGUUACUGCUAGCCUUCGAAAUUUGGGGCUUCAGGACAGUGCAGGUGAUGAUGCUCAAGAGGCACAAGAACCCAAGGUUGAUGUAGAAGAUCAGGAAGUGCAUUCUUCAGCUGAAGAGGAUAUCGAGAAGAAAGAUGAAAAUUAAGAUGUUUUGUUAUGGAGCAAGUAUUUCUUGUACUUUAGCUCUUACAUCUAUCGAUCAAUUUCUUUUCCUGGCGCUUUCUCAGGCAGCUGUGAGUCAAACUCUUCAACUACGUACUUGGAUUCUACUACAAGGCAGGAACUGUUUUCUGAAAUUCAUGUCAUUCUUCAUUUGCCGAAUAAUUUCAUUCAAAGCACUCUUCAUAGAUUUGAAUAUUUAUCAUCCUGGGGAGGCCCAUUAUAAAGUAAAUUUUGGCAUUUCUUUA